AUGUUUAUUUCACAAAUUGACAAUUCUACAAUAUCUGACGAAGAGAAGUUUGGAUAUCUUCUUGAACUAGUGGGACCUAAGCGAAUCUCAAACACGUCUAGAGAAGAAAGAAGAGAAAGRAGGAAAAGAAAGCUGGAAGACGACGAAAGGAAUACUGUGCCGAAACUGGAGGAUCGUGUCCUUGAUAGUCCGCCGAUAUUCAGUAAAACUAGUGCACACUUAGACAUUCAAAAUGAGCAUAACUAUUUUUCUAAAAGUUCACAACGAGAAAAGUCAACUCAAGUCAAUUUCGAAAUUGAAGAGCUUUCUCAAGUAAAGAAAGAACUAGACGAACUAAAAAAUGAGAACGAGUCCCUCAGGAACAGGUUGAAAAACAAGUCAGAACUAAAACGGGAACUGUUCACCGAAGACGUACUUAAAAAUGAUGAAUCUGUUAAGUUUUACACAGGAUUUCCCUCUUUAGCAUGUUUGAUGGCCAUAUUCAACCUGAUUAAACCAUUGUGCAAUAAUAUGAAAUACUGGGACCAUAGCAAGAAUCGAAAGGUCGGCUACCAAAUGAACCCUUCGAAAAGUAAACCAGGCAGAAAGAGGACAUUAACAUUAUUUCAAGAAUUCCUCAUGACACUCSUGAAAAUCAGAUUGGGUCUGUUAAAUAUGCAGCUUUCUCACAUAUAUGGACUAUCUACAAGCUCUGUAAGUAAAAUUUUCAGGAYAYGGUCCAGAUUUCUUGCUAAAAUCUUCAAGGACACCCUUUUGUUAUGGCCAAACAGAUCAGACAUCAGAAAGAAUCUCCCUCGAACAUUUAGUAAUUUUCCAUCUACAAGAGUUAUCAUUGACUGUACAGAACUAUUCAUUGAAAAACCAACAACACCAAGUGCUCAAAGAGCGACAUGGAGCUCGUACAAGCACCACAAUACAAUGAAGACCUUGGUAGGCAUCACUCCCAAUGGUAUGUUUAGUUUUGUUUCUGAGUUGUGGACUGGGAAUACAAGUGACAGACAAAUAACAGAAAGCAGUGGCAUUCUAGACUUAUUGGAGCCUGGGGAUUCUGUCAUGGCUGACAAGGGUUUCAACAUUAAAGACCUCCUAACAAAACUUAAAGUUGAACUUAACAUGCCACCACUCUGCAAAGGCAAGCAAUUAUCAACAAAAGCAGUAAAAUCCACUCKCAAGAUUGCCAGCUUGAGGAUUCAUGUUGAAAGAGCCAUUGAGAGACUCAAGAACUUUAGAAUUCUACAGGGAAAUAUUCCUCUAACUUUGAUUGAUAUUGGUGAUUCAAUUCUUAYCAUUUGUGCAUCUAUUUGCAAUUUGUUACCACCUCUUACAAGAUAG